AUGUCGACCUUCAAACGCGCCCCCGUCAUCCAUGCCGGCGGCAACAACACGAACAGCAUCAUCACCUCCCUGAAGGCUACCAGCAUGAUCGAAAGCAAGCCCGUCCUCCCCGCUGAAAUAAUCUCCACGAUCCUUGACUACUUACCUAUCACUGACCUCAUAAGCUUUGCACGGACCUCGAAACGAAUGCUGGAAAUGGUGUACGAGGAUUCAAGAUGGGUGCAAAGACUACAGGUCAUGGGGUUAUGGGAUGCAGGAGAGGCGAGAAAGAGGUUCGAAGACGCUUUGAGGAAAAAGAGAGAGAUAGUUAGGAUGAGGGUGGAGGAAGAUGCAAAGAGGGCUGGCAUUGGGGUCAAUGGGAAUUCUGGGGCGAGGAAGACAAGUACGACGUUGUUUGAUGCCGGCGUUGAGGAGGAACGCCAGAGGAAAUCUGUGGAUGCAGCUGCCAAGGCAGUUCGAACCUCUGUAGAUGGGUUUGAGAGGCUGUCCUUAUCAACCCCAAAUCCUGCAGCGCCAACACCACGAGCACCAAUGCUGGAUCCGGAGGCCCUACUCAAUAUUUUCUCUGGGGUAAGGUCUAUACGAGGCUCAGCGAGGCAGGAAUAUGGGAAGAUAUAUGCGGCGUUGGCGCCUUUCUAUUAUGAUCUCGCGAGAUCGAGGAGCCAUGUGGAUCCUGUCAUAUUCAGGGUCUACCGAGACCCGGAACAACAAGCCCAAAUGCUGGCCCAUCUAACGGUAUUUGCUCGAAGCGAUUGGGCCCAGGGAUGGAGGCAAAGGGAAGAGAAGCUGGUCACUAUGAUUGGGAUAUUUGAGAACGCUGUGCUACGAGAGUUCGAGCAGGGCUUCGAAGCUUGGGAUGUUGAUGGGAAAAUGCAUCGGUAUGCUCAUGUCUUAGGUGUACUGAAUGGCGGUCAUGCUGGUAUUGAACUAUUUGUGCAAAAGCAUGCACUUUUCAAUGAUCGAUUGGGGAAUUAUAUGGAUUGUAUCAACCAGGCGUCCUCCGAUAAUAUCACAUUGGAACCUUCUCGCCAAUUCCUAGAAGCGCUCUCAAGAAAGAUCAAUGAGCAGGCAGACAUCAUUGAUAGGGUUUUCCCACCAGGCGAGGACGUACUGCAUAUAUUGUUGGAUAAAGUUGCGGAGGACAUACUAAUGGAGUAUGUCACGCCGCUAUUCGAUAUAUCUCACGAGCGAAGUUUGCCGUCUUACCUGAAGGCGGUCUCGGGAAUCUUCGAUCAGAGUAUGCAAUUUGGAUUAACCCUCAAACCUACGAAGAAUUCUGGAAAGGACUUUCUUACAAAUGUGAAGUCGGUCGUAGCUCGAGUAUUCGAGCCCCAUGUGGAUCUUUACCUCCAAGAGGAACAUGAUUAUUUUAAGGGGUUGGCAGAGACCGAAGUCGACACGUGGGACAAGAAGCUAUCACAGGAAGAUGCUACCACUGAAUCAUUCUUCAUGGCCAAUGUUAAUCGGCAAGCCGACAAGAAGGAUUUCUUGAGCUCCUUCAAGAAAGUCGUCAUGAUGCCCGUCAAUGUUCUACCCAGCUUACCCCCAUUUGGGGCAGCAAAAACAGCACCAGCAAACCGAUUCAGCUUACAACCAGCUCCAAGUCCUAGAUUAUCUGGGUCCCCAAUCCCAUCACGACCGCAAACCCCAGGGCCCACCCCAGCCCUUACAGGGAUCUCGAGCUCGUUGCCCUCGGAAGCACCAACGGAUGAGCUGGCCGCGAAAGCGGCUCUUAUGGCCUCGCGUCUCGAAGGGAUUCGCUCAUUAUUCAGCAUCGAGAUAGCCCUCGACCUGACUCACUACGCCAAAAGCAGCAUAGAGCGCGCGGGCCUGUUUGUACGGCUCGGCGGUCAGACAGGGGAGGAAGCACGGGAGCAAUGCUUGACGAUCUUUGUCGACCUGUUGCAGAUUUUGGGAAAUCGGCACGUGAAGGUUGGUUUCGACAAGGCUGUUGAUCAUCUUUCAAAAUACAACCCCAGAGAAGUAAGCGAGCACCAGCAGGGCGUCGCUCCCCUCGUAACCUUUUUGGAAUUGGUAAAUGUAGGUGACUUGAUCUCGCAAAUGGUAGACGUCUUUUACGAACAGCAACUCGCGAGUCCUAGACUCGCAGACCGCAACGACUUCCUCGACCCCGCCGUCGUAGCAAAGAAGAAAUUCGAGCAAAUGCUCGACGAGCGGGUAGCAGCUGGUUUGAAUAAGGGCAUCGACGUCUUGAUGGAUGAAGUCGAAUACGUCUGCGCCACUACACAGGCUCCGACGGAUUACAACCCACCGCAUUCCCCCUCGGGAAACUACGAUAUCGGACCUACGAAAUGCGCAGAGCAAGUCGUGGGUAUUGUGGAGAGUCAUACGAAGAUGUUGACGGGUAGCACGGAUAAGACAAUGUUGGAUGUCUUCAACCAGGAAGUAGGACUGCGUCUCUUCACCGCGCUUUGCAAGCACUUGAAGCGCCAACGGAUCUCCACAGACGGCUCUAUUGCCCUUAUCUCGGACAUGAAUCUCUAUUUCCUCUACAUCCGCACACUCAAGAACCAGGAAUUGCUAGAGUACUUCAAAGCGCUGAGGGAACUUAGCCAGGUAUACUUGAUAGAGGCGAAGCAUGCAAAAGAGAUGGCGGAGGUAAUUGCUGAUGGGAAACGCUUUGGGGGCGUCUUCAGGGCCGAGGAGGUUUAUGAGUUUGCGGAACGCAGGGCUGAUUGGUAUACGGUGAAGAAGGACGUGGAGAGGGCUAUGUAUGGGAUUGGGUGCGGGGGUCAUGUGAGAGAAGGGGGGUUUGCUUGGAUGGUAGGGUACAUAGAUGCAUAUACCACUAAAUUCUAUCGUUUGUCUGGUUUUGGAAUUACGCUAUACGAUUCCAAGUCUGUCUUGGCAGGUGGAUUAUAUCAUAUAUUCUCGCCCUGCCUGUGUCUUUGUUCUCCGCUUUUCCCGACGGUAUUUGAAAGCCCUCAAGAGCAGCGAGUUUCUCGAAACUAG